CAUAAUGUAAUUAGAUGGUCUUGAAUUUUUUUAUAAAUUCAAUUACUUUUAUUUUAUUUUUGUUUUGCAGAUAAUGGUAGUUUAUAAAUUUUCGGGAAUAAAAUCAAAUACGUUGCUAACAACAAUUGUUAAAAUUUCACGAUCGCAAGUUUUACCAGUGAAAAUUAGUGCUUAUGAUCAAACCCAUACUGCAAGUUUUUCGUAUACGUGGGAAGCGAAUCAGAGUUAUAAUUUUACCAUUCCGUGUAUCAAUGUCGUAAUAGCCACCAACAAAAUUCCUUUCUUCAGAGCAAGGACAUUUAUCGUUCAAAUAUCACGUUUCGACGAACGCAAUAGACAUCUUACAAUACUUAAACGCUACGAAAUACCAGAAAGCAUUAUACCGUAUGAUUAUGGGAUUCAAUUCAUGACCAUAUAUUUUAAUUAUCUUUUUUUAGGUACAAGAAAAGCUGAACUAAUAAUCUUCAAAUUAAAAAAUCUCCAGCAUUUGAAAUAUUUAAAUUUCGAUAAUCUUGAAAAAAAAGUAAUACAGACUGAAAUAUUGACUAAACUACUGAAAAUAACUAAAUAUAAUAAUCAAAUUAUUAUGUUAUUGGCCAAUAGGAACGAAGUCAAACUAUUAACCUGCAAUCUAAAUUUUUAAUUUUUUUAAAUACAUACAAAGAAUAUUAACGAUUAUGAUCAUUUUUAAAAAUGAUUUAUUAACAAUAUAAGUGAAAUAGUAAAUUAGUAUUAUCAUUUAUAA